AGUCAUAUGGAAUGAAAAUUAUGGGAGACAAUGGUUCAAAUAUUCAUCAAAGGUAAAACACACUAGUUGAUUUCUUUUGAUCUGUCCAAGUCUUAGUGGGUAGAGUUAUCCAAUACCUAUAGUGCUAAUUUUUUCAUGGACAAGGUUAUCCAAUAUCUGAGCUGCUAGGAGCAUACAGAUAUAAAAAAUAAAGAUGACGAGUAUAGGAAAUUUAGAAGUCAGCAUCAAGAUUGGGCAAAGGGGCAAAAUUUGUUGGACAAAGUCAGGGUGGACCUGCUUGACUUGGCAUAUCUAAGAAAAGUCUAAAUGAAAAGGUCAGUAUUUCACACAAGAUAUGUUACAUCAUGGGAAACAGCUAAUGCUCAUUUACUGAUGAAUUACCAGUGGUCUAUGAUCUUAAGGCAACUUAAAAUUUCUAAUUUGGUGUUGACUCGUAGCUGUGCGUAUGCAAAAGCUCUUGUAACAAAAGGCAUUAGCCAGUGACUCAAGCCUGAAUAGAAAUUUAUCAGCAGUACUAUGGCUGGGGUGUUGUGUCCGAUGCUUAAUUUUCUAAUGACAUGCUGGAUACUGAUGUGCUUGAAUUUCAUGAGUUGCAAUAGUAAAUUAGUGGAAGAGGAAAGGAGGGCACUUUUAGAGCUGAGGGACUCCCUUAACUAUCCCAAUGGCUCUGCUUUAAUCAGUGAAUGGAUUGGAGAAGACAAUUGUGCAUGGGCUGGUAUUUUUUGUGGCAGCGAUACGGAUAAUGAUUCACGCGUUCUUGAUAUUUAUCUUACCAUUAAAAGACAACUUGGACUUGGAAUAUGGUAUCCUGAUGCAACUUUGUUGACUCGUUUCACGUAUCUCCAGUCUCUCUAUGUAUCUGCAAUGCUAUUGGUAACUGGAUCAUGCCAGAAGAAUUAUGCAAAUUGCGCAAUCUGAAGGAAUUGGAUCUAAGUUUCAACCCUUUAAAUGGGGAUGCUCUGCCUCAUUUUCAAGUAUGCAGCCUCGCAUCUCUAGAACAGCUGCACCUUUCAGGGGUUUAUCCUAGUUUCCCUUUGCCACUGCUCAGAGCAUUGUGCGGACUGAAGGAUAUGCGGAGAUUAGAUCUAAGCAACAAUAAUCUUACAGAUGAUAGUAUGCCACAUUGCCUGUUUGAUGAUCUUUCAUACCUUGAAAGCCUUGACUUGUCUGGGAAUAACCUCAAGAAUUCCCAUCACAUUCUAUCAGUUUAAGUUGGAUAAUUUUCUGUUUUUACAUACACUAAUCUUUUGCAAAUUGUCAUUAUUAUUUUCAUUUUCCUAAUGCGAGGAUAUCUUUUACAAUUUGGUAUUUCCAUAUAUUAUUAGUUGCCUCUAGCUGAACAAACUGUUAAUUCGUGGUGGACCCUCUCUUCUGCUCUACUCAACUACCAUCUUCUCGGUCUAUAUGCUGUCGUUAAAGCAUUGCUGUUGAGUGUGCAUGAUACACAUAUAAACUGACUACCAUGUUGAAGUCAAUGUUAUGGUUCUCAUUAUCUAAAAAUAGGUUCUCUAAAUGAAACAAAUGUUCCUGGGAAGAUUGCACAGAGGAACUAUUUUCUUAAUUGGCUAAUUCCAACCGUGACUUUGCAUCCAUAGAUGUUUGAAGAGCUUUAUUCGAUAAAGGACAUGGUUUGAAUGAAGUUCUAGUCUUUAGGUUUAUCCAGCUUCCCCCAACAAUCUUCAUGCCAGCAUAAGAUAAAAAGCAUGAACUAUUAAUUCCCUGGAGUUGAGUUUUCAGGUUGUUCCUAUGAACACGAAACUCAAUUUUUAUUCUGAUUAAUGAACUUGACAAAAAACAACCCUUUUGUUGCUUCAUAUAUUUCUUGCAGCUUUAUGUAGACUGCGGAAUCUCAAAAGGUUGGAUCUGAGUGAUAAUUUUCUUGAGGAUGGAAGCAUACCGACCUGCCUACUCAGUGCUUGAAAGUCUGGAUAUUUCACAUAACAAUAUCAGGGGUUUUCCUGGUUUCUUUUCAGGAAUCUGUAAACUUAGGAACCUGCAGGUGUUAAAUCUUCAGGAUAACCUUAUACAAGGUGGACUUGAUCCAUGCCUUGGUGGACUGACUUCCUUGGUUUCUUUAGAUCUUUCUUUCAAUCAUUUUGAGGGGACUGUUUCUUCUUCCAUAUUCAGCAACCUGACUUUGCUCGAGGCCCUUCGUCUUUCAGAUAAUAGGUUUGAUGGACUUCUCUUGUUUGCAUCAUUUGCUAACCUAUCCAACCUUGAAGCCAUUGAUCUUACAAAUAAUGAGUUUGAAGUUGAUACUGAAACUCCAUCUUGGGUUCCAGCUUUUCAACUUGUGUCCCUUGACCUACGAAAUACUAGACUAAACCAGAACUAUGGCCAUGUAAUUCCUACGUUCAUCUCCAAACAACACAAGUUGAAGUCCCUGUCUUUGUCCUAUAAUGCCCUUCAAGGGAACGUUCCGUCUUGGUUAUUGUAUAAUAAUUCACUUCUUAUGUUGUCUUUGAGAGGCAACCGUUUGCAUGGUGGAAUUCCCGCGUCUUCUCAGUUUCUAGCAUCAAGUAUUCUGAUGCUUGAUGUAUCAGAUAAUUGCUUGGGCAGUACACUUCCCACUAACGUGCUGAGAUUAUUUCCAGACUUAUUCUAUCUUAACCUGUCAAAAAACGCCAUCGAAGGCACCUUCCCUACUUUUGACAAUCUACUAAAGUUAGAGGUCCUAGACCUUUCUGACAACUUCCUUCUGGGAAAACCUCCUCCAACUUUAAGGCAGAAUAACAAUUCAUUGGCACAUUUAGUUCCUUCAAACAAUGAUUUUCAUGGGGAGGUUAUGCCCCAAUUCUCAAAUAUGUCAAAUCUUGCAUACUUGCAUCUUCAAAAUGAUGGAUUUACUGGAGUCCUCCCUGCUGCUUUGCUUAACCUUCCUCUUCUGAAGGUCAUGGACAUUAGUGGGAAUUAUUUGUCAGGCGUUAUUCCAGAUUAUUUUCCUCUGUUUCCAAAUUUGGUCAUGCUUCUCUUGGCAAGAAACCGAUUUCAUGGGAUUAUUCCAGUAUCUUUAUGCCAGAUGCAAAAGCUUCAUAUUUUGGACAUGUCUGCAAAUUUACUCUCUGGGGUUUUACCUUCUUGCCUUAGUAACAUAACCGGGUGGAAAAAGGAAUCUGUAGUUCUACUUCCAGCCUUUAUGUGGUUAUCUCCGUCAUAUAAUAACUACAGGGUCAAAGUUCCUUUAACAACCAAGGGCAAUGCACUCUCUUAUGAAGGCAUUCCUCUUUCUCAAAUGACCACACUUGAUCUAUCUAUGAACCGUUUUACCCGUAAAAUUCCAUCGCAACUAGGAGAACUCGUAGCCCUCCAUUCAUUAAACCUCUCCUACAACAUCCUAUCUGGUCAUAUUCCAGAAUCUUUCAUGAACUUAAAGAAACUGGAGAGUUUGGAUCUUUCUUAUAACCAUCUGAUAGGAAAAAUCCCUCCUCAGAUGGCUCAACUUGAUUCCCUUUCAACUUUAAAUUUGGCUUUCAAUCAUCUAUCUGGAAGAAUCACGUUCGAGAACAAAUUUGUCACCUUUGCAGCAUCUAGUUACAGAGGUAACAAGGAACUCUGUGGACCACCACUGGAAAACGAUUGUGUUUUCUCGAGGCCGCCUCAGCAGCAUGAAGAAGAAGAGGAGCAAGGAAUUGGUGGGAGUGACUUGUUUUUCUUCUCAUGCAUUGCUGUUGCUUAUGUAAUGGGAUUUUGGAGCGUCAUUGCUCCUCUUAUUCUUAGUAGGAAUUGGCGCACGACAUAUUAUGCUAAGGUCGAUAGCUGCGUUGAACUGUGCAUGGAGAAACUUCAUCUUUCCUAAUUCUCAUUGAAAAGUUGUGGGUUUCUUGUGAUCUUUUAAUGUGGCAUAUCUACUUUCAACUUGUUUGUUAGAUAGUUGCAUUGUUUGGACAAAGAGUUGAUUAGUUUGAGAAAUACUUUAGUUUAUGAACUUUGGUUAAGAUGGACAAAUUUUGUUUUUUGUAGUGACGUCGUAAUUCUAACGGUUGAUUUGGAGACUCGACAUUAUUUCAAUUAAUUCAAGGUUUUGGUUAUUUUAGAUUUCCUCGCAGUUGAAAACUGAAACUGAAUUUUGUAUAACCAUAGUUCAAGUGAAAUUCCAGCAUACUAGAAUUUGUUUCUAUGUUAUUAAAUCGUGAAAAUGUCAUGUUAAAUGCCUUUUAUCAUAAUCGAAACAGAUCAAUUAUCGGUAGUGUUAUGAUGAUUAUCACGAAUUCCGAACCAAUUGAUCAG